AUGGAUGAGGCGCAUGUUGGUUCCUCAUCUGGAUCUAGGAGUCGGCUGGCUCGGGCGUCUUCCUCUCGUGAGGCGGUACGUGAGGAGGAGGAGAUUGACGAGGAGGUGAGACAUCAUGAGGAUGAUAUACCUGAUGCUGACCCUCCGAGCGGGGAGGAUGAUGCGGAGCAGGCUUACCCGGGAGGGCCUACAGACACUUCCGAACGAGCGACAAUAAAAUUCGGGAACCAUGCGCGAAUAAUAUUUGAUCUGUUUAAAUCACAGGCUCAGUGGUUUAAUGACAUGGUAGCUGGGAGCGGGCUUGGCGGGUUAUGCAUGACCGGAUAUAGUACCAUCAGCCUCUCCAUGCAGGGCACUUUUGCCGAGCUAUGGCACAAGGAGAAGUCUUCUUUCCACCUUCCUGUUGGGGAGUUGACGAUCACCUUACACGACGUGGCCUGUCUGCUCCACCUGCCGAUCUGA